GACCCACCCCGAGGAACUUGGCUGAGAAUGUUGUUGAGAGUUUCAGAGUUCCCAGCUGAACUAUUUGGAGGGUCAGCGGGCGCACGUGGGAAUCGAGGCAAUCAUGGUGUCCCCCCGGGCUUCUGUUAACAAGCUGGGCUCUGCGUUGCCGUUGCUGUUGGUGCUGUGGGAUCUCCACUAUGAGGGAGCAGAAUGUGGGAUAAAUGCAGAAGUAGAAAAACAACUUGAAAUGGGAAAGAAGCUGCUGGCAGCUGGGCAGCUAGCAGAUGCUUUGUCCCAUUUCCACGCUGCUAUAGAAGGGGACUCUGAUAACUACCUGGCGUAUUACAGAAGAGCCACAGUCUAUUUAGCCAUGGGCAAAUCGAAAGCUGCCAUUCGUGACUUAAGCAAGGUGGUUGAAUUAAAGCAGGAUUUCACAUCGGCAAGACUCCAACGGGGACAUUUACUGCUUAAGCAGGGGAAGUUUGAUGAAGCAGAAGAGGAUUUUAAAAGAGUGCUCCAGUCUAAUCCUGGUGAUAAAGAAGAAACAGAAGCUCGUUCCCAGCUGAUGAAGUCUGAUGAAAUGCAGCGGUUAAAUUCCCAAGCACAGAGUGCCUAUCGCCAAGGGGAUUACUAUACUGCUAUUGGUCUUCUAGAUGAAAUUCUAGAGGUUUGUGUUUGGGAUGCAGAGCUGCGGGAGCUUCGAGCCGAGUGCUAUAUCAAGGAAGGAGAACCUGGGAAGGCCGUUAGUGAUUUAAAAGCUGCUGCCAAAUUGAAGAACGAUAAUACUGAAGCAUUCUAUAAAAUCAGUAUGAUAUACUAUCAGCUAGGAGACCACGAACUGUCUCUGAGUGAAGUGCGUGAAUGUCUGAAACUUGACCAAGACCACAAGGAGUGCUUUUCUCACUACAAACGGAUAAAGAAACUCAAUAAACAGAUUAUGUCAGCAGAAGAACUUAUCCAGGAAGGCAGGUAUCAAGACGCCAUUGAUAAAUAUGAGACUGUGAUGACGACAGAGACCCAGGUUCCUGUUUAUACCACCCGAGCCAAAGAAAGAAUCUGCCACUGCCUCUCCAAGAACGAGCAGGCUGCAGAAGCCAUCAGACUUUGCACGGAAGUUCUGAAGCUAGAACCUGAUAACGUGAAUGCUCUGAAAAGCAGAGCUGCAGCAUACUUGCUUGAAGAGCAGUAUGAAGAAGCUAUUCAGGACUAUGAGACUGCCAAGGAGCAUAGUGAUAAUGACCAGCAGCUUCUUGAAGACCUAGAGAAAGCACAGCGGAUGCUCAAGCAGUCUCAGAAAAGAGAUUACUACAAAAUUUUAGGAGUUAAAAGGAAUGCCAGAAAACAAGAAAUUGUAAAAGCCUACAGGAAGCUAGCAAUGCAGUGGCACCCUGACAAUUUCCAGGACGAAGAAGAGAAGAAGAAAGCAGAGAAAAAGUUUAUUGAUAUUGCAGCAGCUAAAGAAGUCCUUACUGAUCCAGAAAUGCGGAGGAAGUUUGAUGCAGGAGAAGACCCACUAGAUGCAGAAAGCCAACAAGGAGGAGGAAACCCUUUUCAAAGAGGCUGGCAUUCUUGGCAAGGGUUUGACCCGUUCAGUUCCGGAGGACCUUUUAAAUUUAAAUUCCACUUCAAUUAGAGGGUCUCCCCUGCCCAAAGUUCCCUUGCCCUGAUUCUGCUUCAGUUUGGUCCUUGCACAAUGAACUUUAAUGAAAGCCAGGGGGGUGUUUUUUGCUGAUGGUCUAAAAGGAAAAAACAAACAAACAAAUUCAUAACAACAAGAAGGUCUAUUUGUAUUGACUCAUUUUAUAUUUAUGGGUAUCAAACUGCUGAUCUUGAGAAAGAUGAAGGACUAGUUAGGACUUAUUGAACCCUUCUUCUGAAAUGGAUUGAGACCUUGCUAAGACAAACAUGCUGGAGAAGCAAUUUUAUUCAAGGAAGCACUUUAAAUUUUACUAAAUCCUUUGUGACCUUUUGUGAGACUUGGUUUUCCUGACUGAAAUGACCAGAAGAUACAAUAGGGUCUCCAUUGAGUGAUUGCAAGAGGAAAUUCUGGGACCUUGAUUAGCUAUUGAAGUGGUGUUACCCUCGGGAGACAUUGGAGAACACUCCCCCAUCUUUGCUGUAUGUCAUUCACAAAUCUAAAACAAAACAAAAUGUAAAAACCCACCCCUCCUCAUCUUUCUUAAGGCACCAUCCAUGCACCUAAAAAUGUAGCUCAGGUUAUGAGCCAUACCUGUUUUUCCAAAGACGAUACCAGUUAUGGAGAUUACAGGAGUUAUUGUUUAUAUCUUGAGAGUAGGUGCCAUAAUUAUUCAUAUGCUUCUGUGGAAGAUGAGUGCAGUUUAGAAAGCCAUUCAACUGCCCUGUGAUAAUUUUCUUAUAGCAGCCUCUGUGCACAAUCCUUUACUUAUGUAGAACAGGCCUCAAUACACUUGGUUUAUGGACAGAAUUUUAUAACAUAUAUUUUUAAAGGAUAAUUAAAAGCUCUUCUAUUUGCUGCAGAAAUCUACAUAAAUAGAAAUUUAUUUUUAGCUGUAUCAAACAGAACCAUUUUCAGCAUAUUCGCUCAGCAUAUACUUGGCAUUUGAGAAGAGUGGGUGUGAUGUUGCACCAAAUAUAUAGAAUUCAUUUUUGGUCUUUUUUUUUUUAAAAAAAAGAACGUAAACUGUGAGACAGCUGUUCACGUGAGUGUUGCAGUUUGUGUUAGAAGAGGAUUAUCAGUCCUUUUUAUAGGUGCCAUGUAAAACAUGUUAAGUUCACAAAGAAGUGUUUCAUUCUGUUGUACUACUAACCCCAACAUAGAGGUUUUCUGUGGCAGCAGGUAAUUAGCACCAAAGUAGGCUUCCAUUUCAGGUCAUGAGCCUGGGACACGUCUGCUUUAUGGAUGCUACCUCCGAAGUGAAGGCAUCAUGAGGACCUCUCAUGAUGUGAACUGGAGUCAUGGUCUUUAAAGAACUUUUCAUAAAAAGUGAAUCUCUGCGUCUUAAGAAAUGACAAUAGCACAGUUGAGAUUCAGAGCAAUCUAAUUAAAUGUUUUCUGUUUCUUUUUGCUGCUCUCAGCACAGAAGGACAAGAGAAAACUGCUGUAAUGGUAAACGGUACAAUACCUGUAUUCAAUAGUCUAUUCUUCAGUACCUAGAUCCUGUGAGGGAGAUCUCUGCAGGAGACAGAGCUCUGCAAAUACUGUGCUUUCUUGGAUUGGGAAGCGCCCAGAUGUUGAUAUAGUUGUACGCCUGAGGACAAACAGUCAGGUCAUGUGGAUGAGAUAUCUGUCCAUUUGCUGAGUGCAGUCAUGUCAGCUUUGCUGCUCUAAGGAAAGUCAUUAAUUGGUUGAAGAGUGGCAGUAGCUUAUUCACUUGUUUAUCUUUUCUGAGUCAUUUUGGAAUUACCUUUGGGCAGACAUAUGAAGAAGCAUCACACCACAUAGACUUUGUUCAGGGAUCUUCCUGAGAACAUUCACCUUCCUGAUAUGAAGACCUGGCAAUCAACUAGGCUACGUGUGUCUUGAGCAAUAUUCCAGAUGCUUUAUUUCUUUGAACCCUGUCAUUAAAACAAAGUAGGACUCGUGAAAGGACUUUGCUUUCUGCUACUCUUCAGCGUAUGGUAUUAAUUCAGGUGGAAUUCCGCCUUGGCUUCACUUGGUUUUUUGAGAGCUCAUAGCUCUUACCCGAGGCACCAUUAAGGCCUCUGAAUUAAAUUGAUCAAUAGUCCAUUGUGGCCAGUUAUGUAGUCACAUUAGCAAGGACUAGUAUUAGUUAACAAAAACCACUGCAGUGUGUGCAAAGUUUGGAAAUAUUUGCAGAAUAAAGCUGUUUCUUUGAAAAACAACUGAAACAGUGCUAUGAAAGCUAAGUAUUUUUUUUUUAAGAUAAAGAAGUCUAAAUCAUACAAGGUAGUGUACUGGCAUCAAUGAAAUGUAGAUCACAACUGCUGCUAAUUUCAUCAAUCAGUUUAAAGCUUCUAUUAAUCAGAAAGCUCUUUUUUUUAUGAAACCAGAUUAACGUUGAAGUUAACAAUUGUGCCAAAGCUUAAAAAAUAAAAACAAAAAAACCCCACUAUGCCAGCUAAAGAAGAGAAAUCUCUGCUAUGUUGAAGUUUCCAUGUAAUUGUAGAUGGGUGGUUUUUUUGUUUGUUUUUUGGUGAUGGGAUUUUAUCUCUUUAGAAACAAAAAAUUAAAAGGUUUUUCCAAAUUGGCAUAGGAUGGUACUGAUAUUAAACACUAAAUGCUGCAAAUUGGAACAAACUAGGAUGUGUCUUUUUACAGCACUUCAUUGAAGGAAUAAUUUUGAAUAAUUUCUUCUAACAGUUGAGUGCAGGCAGAAAGGUAUGCAUACCUGUUUCAGCUACCUGUGAAGAAAAACACCUGUGGGGUCUAAUAUAGCCAUUGUACCCCCCCACACACACACACCGUUUAUGUGCAAAGUGUUUAAACUUUAACGUCCAAAGACACAUUGAAUCAAGUAAUCUCCCAUUUGAAACGUGCAGUUAUUUGCCACCUAAGCGAAAAACAGGAGCAGCGAGUGAGCUGGCCAUGUUUGUUUUCGGUUGGCGUGCAGUUGCGAGCUCUCCUGCAUGUAAGCCUGAGCUGUUAUUCAUAUACAGUAAAAGAGUUUGGAACGUGUGUGGGGUUUAUCUUUACAAGGGUACGGCAAUGCGGAAAUCUAAAAGCACUCCUCUACUUUAUUCAUAGCAUGAUUUUCAAGAAAAGCUUAUUCUGGUGACAAGGACCUAUUUUAUCCAGUUGAGGUAGAUGUCUGAAUAAGCAAAUGUGGCUUCACCUGUAAUUUUUUAUUUUGUUCUGAGAAUUGGCUACACGUGAAAUGUGAGCUGUUUUUAGGGCUGCAUUCACGUGGGUAGCUUUGUGGUGCCAGCACUACCAGGACAAUGAUGCUAGUAGCUGUUUUCUAGCAACAGAGAUGCAGCUUUACUGUUUUAGCUCUAACCCUCUGCUCUGCAAAGGAACAUUGGUGCAUGAUCUUCUGUGAACUUUGUCUUUAACAAAACUUUUUAGUACCUAAAGAUUAUUCUUAACUACUGUGAUGGGAAAAUCAUUUGAUUUUUGUAAAGCUGUACAAGAAAAUGAACAUUAUCCCCAAGUUACAGCUCUUGUUUAUAAAUAUGGUAAUAAUCCAUUUGUUUCAGUUCAAGGGUUCUAUAAAAAUUAUAAAGAAUCAAGCAUUAUCUUUUUAAUUGUUUCAGUUUAAAAUCUGGAAGCUAUUCUGCCCCAGUGAGUUUUUGCAUUAAAUUGAUGGAGUGCAUUAUGGCUAUUCCUGUCAACUCUAAAUUCCAUACAUUUAACCCUGAACUACCCAUGAAGAUUAACAGUACAAAUGUUUUAUUGUACUUUUUCACCAGACUUCCAUUCAAACAAGAGAGCAGAAUGCUGCUGCAUAGUUAGCUGUGGAAGUCUAACGUGCAGAAAAUAUGCAACACUGUUCUGUCCCACCUUGAGGCUAACAACAGAAGGGAAUGGGUGAAGGAUCUGCAGCAAGUCGUUCAGCAUCAUUACAGUAUUUGAGGAAGGCUAGUGAUAACUACUCUUGUUGAAGUUUUCCUCUUUACUUUCCAUACAAUGUAGUUAAAUGCUGUGAGCUGCUACUGUACUACCAAAGGGAAGGCAAAAAAAUGGCAUGCCACAUGACCAAAUAAAUGUUACUACACAAG